CUGAUCGUAUGUUGACAAUGCUGAAGGUGCAUGGAUGUGAUGUAGGAUAAAUUUCAGCACUGAAAACGUCGAAUUGCUUACAAUUUUGACCAUUCAGCUUAUAGGCCUAACCACUGUCAACAAAACCCUGUUCGCAGGCUUUGUCUUCAAAGUUACGUGAUGCCGAAAUCAAAGGAAUUCAUUUCAUCAUCGGAGUCAGACUCAGAUGAGCCAAAGCCUAAGAAGAAGAAGAAGCAGGAACCUGUUGAAAGUAAGAAAGAGAAGUCUGAAGCUUCAAGUAAAAAGGCUACAAAAGGAGCGAAUGGAGAACAAAUGUUUCAGCUUUCCAAAAUGCGGUUUGUCAGUGUCAGCGAGUUCCGUGGCAAGGUUUUGGUGGGAAUAAGGGAGUACUAUGAAGCUGACGGCGAUCUUAGACCCGGCAAGAAAGGUAUAUCCCUGACAUUGGAGCAGUGGAAUAAUCUCAAGGAGCAGAUGGAGGAGAUUGACCAGGCAGUCAAAAGUGUGUGAACAAGAGGAAGUCGGGCUGGGAACCUGUACACAGAAACAUUUUGUGGAGGGAAUGUUAAAAUUCUCCAGGUAGUCGGGCUGGGUACCUGUACACAUAAAACUUAGUCGAGGGAAUGUAAAACCUAUAGUAACCAGUGAAUGCGGACCAUGAAUUUGAACUGCUUAAUGAAUUGUGUAUAUUGGCAAUUAAGUUUUGUACCAAGUGACAAAGGAAAGGUAAUAAUUUGGUAUAAAAUAGGAUAUUUUCUGAGGUGGUUAUUUUACAGUACAUGUACAUCAAACUAUAAAAACAACAGGAUUUUCAAAUGUCCAACCAACAGUCCUUAUACAAUAUGUGUAUUACCUGAUAAUGUAUAUGGACUGUUGGUUUAGAGUUUGUGCCAAUCCCCUAUGAUUGACCAAUAAUCAACAACAGGAAUUGACGGGGAAAAUCAUGUAAACUUCAUCUUUCUCUCAUAAUUUAUGUUAAUAUCCUUUUAUUGACAUUGCUUCAAUUAUUAUCACUGUAUUUUCAUUUCAUUUAUAAUUGGUAGUAUAUCAAUUUACAUUUGUGACACUUGAAAAUAUCUUAAUAUGUGCAUUAUCUCCCUUCAUGAUACUAACGUCCCGAACGUGUAUCUUUCUGGAAACAGCUGGUAUUUUGACACUUAAGAUAAGAAAUUUGAAAAUCUAAAAAACUUGAAAGUGGUAGAUGUUUGUUUCUUUAUUUUUAAGAUGAUAUACCUAUCAUGGAUUAAUGGAGCCUCUGGCUAAAUUGAAAAUAUAUUUUCAGUUUUAUUAGCAUCAUUUGAAAUGGAAAGGCAUAUAAAAUUCUUUUUAUCACAAAUAAACAAAGGUUUACUUAAUUUGUUAUAACAAUAAAUGAAAAAAAAAAUUCAUGUUGCCCUGAUAUAUUGGAAGUACAUUGUAUUGAAAUGGAAACAGAGAGAACCUGAAGCCAAAGAAAUGCCCACUAGGUGUUCAAUCUGGAUAAAUGUGCAUGUGUUCAUUCACAGUUAAUGUGGCGGUUGUAUGUGUUCAAUUUCUAUAAGCUGAGGAAUAAGUUUUUGAUUUUAAGUGAUGAUCUGUGAAAAUUAAUUUCUCAAGAAGUUCCUACAUGAUUUCUUGUAUCUUUUGAUAUCUAGCUGUAACAUUGCACGCAGACUUUUUCACGCUCACAUUUGAAGUAAAUUUUACCAUUAACAUUAUGUGACCAAUUGAUUGAAUUUUUUAAGGAAAUAGUUUAAUUUCAUCACUUAGUUUGUAAUGUGCUAUGUCCUUUCCUAUAUUACUUUUGAUUCAGUAAUCCUACAUGUUAAUUUUGGUGCAUAUGAUUUUGUUUUCAUUCACAUUAUAUAUAUUUUGUUGAAAAUGAUCACGUUUGUUGAUCUGAAGUUAGUUUUUUUUACACAAAUAAAAGUUGACAGUCUGGUAAAUGCA